CUUUUAAUCAUUUCCAGAGCGAAAUAUCACAGUCGUAUUCGUAUUUCGCACGGCUUGCGAGGUUCUUCUCGCUGCACCGUACGCAAAAAUCCUUCGCGUCUUCUCUGUCCCUCCUUCAACCGCCAAAAGAAAGCUGAAAACAAUGGACUCUCUCCUCCACCGUUACCCGCUCUCCCUCACGCGCCAACGCUCCGUCACCUCUGCAACUGCCUCGCCGGCACUCCAUCUACCGUGUCUUCUCAUCCGCCGUCCCGGUCAUCCUCGUUUCCUUGCCGUCUCCGCGGCCGCUGUCUCUCGAGUUUCCGCUUCCCGCAGGUCUUCCGCUAUGGCUACUAGUGCUACCUUGACGGCAAAUUCCGUUUCGCCAAGAAGUGGAAUAUAUACAGUUGGCGAGUUCAUGACAAGAAAAGAAGACUUGCAUGUGGUAAAGCCUACAACAACUGUAGAUGAAGCACUGGAAGCCCUUGUGGAACAUAGGAUCACCGGUUUUCCUGUAAUUGAUGAUGACUGGAAAAUAGUUGGUCUUGUUUCAGAUUAUGAUUUGUUAGCAUUGGACUCCAUAUCUGGUGGUGGGCGAACAGAUAACGGCAUGUUUCCUGAAGUUGACAGCACUUGGAAAACUUUUAACGAAGUACAGAAGUUGCUAAGUAAAACAAACGGGAAAGUUGUUGGUGAUUUAAUGACACCAGCGCCAGUUGUUGUUCGGCAAACCACUAAUCUUGAGGAUGCUGCCAGAUUAUUGCUUGAGACAAAAUACAGGCGGCUUCCUGUGGUAGAUGCUGAUGGUAAACUGGUGGGGAUAAUCACAAGAGGAAAUGUUGUAAGAGCUGCACUCCAAAUAAAACGAGAUAUCGAAAGGAAAGCGUAACAGGUAAACACUACAUCGCGAGGAAUUCAAGGCGGUCCAACAUGCGGCAGGGAAUCUGCUUGUUCUGCAAAGCUGUCGCCGGUCACAUGAAUGAAAAGAGCCAAGAAAAAGAGGAGCUGCUUUUAAUGUACAAUUUUGUCUUCGUGUUUGUACGGCAAACCAUUACUGUCGUUUACAAAUUCUAAGCCCAUAACAAAUACUUUUUUUACGGGGAUGAAAAACAGUUAGGACGCAGUAAUUAUUGUCAGUUGCCGGUCUCCCUUUUUCUCCAAGCAGAGAAAAAAAAAAAAAAAAAAAAGACUGGUCAUUUCUAGUAGUUCUUGUUUUUCUCAAACGGGUGUACACUAGAAAUUCAUGGUUGUUUGAGAUCCUUACUUUUCUCCUUUUAUAUUGAUUCUGAUGUAUUUGAA